CUCAAGUCCCCAGGUCUCUAGGCCAGUGUAGAUGGACACCCAAGCGCCGGAAGUCCCCUGCGGGGACGUGCUUCAGAACGCGGCAGAAAAUCUACUUCAGGAGCUUGAAGAACAUUUCCGAGCUCUGACUACAACAUUAAACCUCAGAAAAAUGGGAAAUCGCAUCGAGGACCUCCAGAGAAAUGUGGACAACCUAAUGGUUCAAGCUGGAAUUGAGAAUUCUAGCAAAGAACAAACGGGCAUCCUGGAAAGCUUCGAGAUGAAUCUUCAGGUGCUGAGAGAACCAGCAGCUGGUUUCAGCUGGAUCAGAGCUGGAAUGGAUGAUCAAGACAAGUAA